AAACAAUCACAAAACUCCAUCAAUUAACGAGCAACUCCAUAGCUCCAAAUUUUACAUAAUAUUGCAUUUUCACGAUCAGCUCGAAUUGGAUGAUGCUUUAAGAAAGGGUUGUAAGUGAAUCAAGUUUAGCCAGAUUGAGCUCGGCUCAUUAAUAAAUAAAUAGAAUUUUUAAAUGAAUUUUUUUUAGUUGAACGCCGAGCCACUCAUGAAUAAAUUACUCGGCUCAUUUGCAGCUCAGCCGCAAUAUCCUGGUAGUUUCAAAAUUUAGCAAUAAUCAAAAGUAGAAAGAAAGAACCUUCAUCAAUGGGGACGGGUUGACUUGACUUAGUGGAACAAACGCCAUUAAAAGCAAAAGCAAAGAAAAGAUAAUCAUCUUUUUAUUAUUAGACAGCACACACAAUCUCGACUCGAGGGAAUUACUUGGGAAAAGGAUUACUACCCACUUCUCUUCCAUUUCCGUUCCUCUUUUUCUGCUCCCUGAUAAACGCUAGCCAACAAACCAACAAACAAACACAUCGCAGAUUUGCAGGAAUUCCAGCAGCAGCAGCAGCACUAGUAUAGUAUUGUUUCUCGCUGCUCUCUUCUCUGACACAAAAAAGAAGAAGAAGAAAAUGGUGGUGGUGGUGAUCGACAGAAGCAGGCUGCGGCAUCAGAGUGCGUAUUUGACUACUUUCUCUGUAUAUCUUCUCUCAUCUUUCCUUCUCGCUUCUAAUACCUUCGCUCCCACGGAAAGAAUUUCCUCCCAUGACACUUGCCUCCUUCUGCUUCUUCUUUAAUUAAUGGAGGCGGCUAACUGUUUGUGAGACCAUGACUUGGGCUGCUUCAACGAGAAUCUGCCGCAGUUUCCCCCUCUGUCUAUUGCUCAGUUCAGAUCUGCCGAUUUCAUUAAGCUUUGUUUUUGCUUCUUCGUCCUCAUCAAUCUAACCCCCUUCUCAUUAAUGGCUUCCGCAGGCGCUCCAGCCUUGUGAGUGGUGACAGUUGAGAGGGAGGAAAAGGGGAGAAUCGUGCUAAAGGAUCAAUCUUUUUCCCACCCCCGAAGCAGGGCAGAGGUCAGCUCAGAGAAAAAAAGAAGGCAACUUUGUGGAAAUGGCGGGUUUAGGGGAUGGAGCAGGAAGUUCUAGUGGAGGAGCUCCGGCGGCGGUAGCUGCGAAGAUCCGGCUUGUGCGGUGCCCGAGAUGUCGGCAGGUUCUCCCUGAGCUACCCAAUGUCCCUGUUUACCAGUGCGGUGGCUGUGGCACCCACCUCCAAGCCAAAAUCCGCCCACCGAGUGGGGAAAAUCCCCCCUCAAAUUUCAGUAAUGGGUCGUCGGCUGCUUCUGUUUCUGCCGACAUGAAUACAUCGGCAUCUGCAAGCUGUAGCAGUAGUUCUGUUCAUCCGCCUGUUGUUCAAAAUUCCUCUGCCUAUGGGUCUGGGGAGAUUUCCCUGGAUUCUCCAGUUGGAUUAAAGGAUUUAACUUUCAUCACGCCUUCGAAUGAUGAUGAUCAGAAGUCUGAGAGCAAGGCAUCAAAUGGGCCUGUGAGUGAAGAGAUUGAUGAGAACGAAUGCAGUGAUCAGCAGCAGCAACAGCUCCCUGGGGUUGACUCUGAAGUUUCCAUGGGAGACCAAGUUGUGAGAGUGGAGAAGAUGGAUGUGGCUGAUUAUGGAGAGUCUUCGGAUCGUGAUGCAUUUGUUGAGAAGGAAGAAAUGUUCCCAGAUGUUGGAGUGGAUUCUGAACAAGAAGUCGAUAGAGGUGGUGAGAAGAUUGCUCAAGUAGAUGUCAUAAACUCGACUCCUUUGGACUCGAGAAGAUCGAGCAAAGAGAAUGCUAAAAGUGAGAGUCCUUUAACCUCGAGAAGAUCGAGUACAGAGAAGAUAGGUUAUACUGCUACAGAGAAUGUCAAAAGUGAGAGCCCUUUGGACUCGAGAAGAUCGAGCACAGAGAAGAGGGGUUAUACUACUACAGAGAGCACCUCGACAACAGUCACUGGUGGGAGCCCUGCAAUUGGAGAAAGCAUCUCUGAAGACACUCAUUCGGGUCUGCCACCUCGUGACAAGCAGCAGCUCAAUCGGCUCCAAGAAAGAGUACGCCAUGAGAUAGAUAAUCGUCAGCGCUACGUAGUAGAAGACACAUUUGAAGCAUCUGAUGAUUUCAUGAACAACAUGAGUUCCGAGCUAAGUGAGAUGCUUGUAGAUUUGUCCAAAUCUCCAACCACCAGAAGUACUCAUGCUUAUUAUGAGGGCUUCUCCUCUUACGAAGGGACUGAUCAUGAUCAGAUGCCUGGCGGUAGAUACAGACCUCAUUACAGGAAUCCUUAUGGCUAUAACCCUGGGAACUAUAAUAAUAUUGCUGAAGAAAGGGAGGAAGAGAAUCACAAUGCCCUUCCCGGUAGGAACUUCGGGAUGCAGCAGUAUCAGCAUCAAAAGAACUAUUAUUCCCCAGAUAUGAAUCAAUAUCUAGAAAGGGAUGGACUUUUGCCUCAAAGUCCUCUACAUGCAAGGAGUUACAUGAAUGGCUAUGGAAGUGGCAGCUCCCCCUAUCAUUUGCAGGGUGGAUUUCAUGGCAACUCAAACUUCCACCCGCCAAUUAACCCUGUCGACAUUGAGCAGGAGAAGAUCAGGUUAUUGAGAAUGGUUUAUGAGUUGGAAGAUCGACUUACCAGAUCUUGCUCCCUGAACGAUAAAGCUAGUAAUGGAAGUGUUUCAGCUGCAGGUCUUUGGAGGGAUCAGCAGGUCCCCAGGCCAUAUAGAGAGGCAAGCAGCUGGUCUCAGCCUCAGCAAAUGCAGCAGCAUUCGAGAAUACCAUACUCGGCUGAAGCAACAACAAAUGGCGGCAGGCACAAAAUGGAUCAUUCUUUCUGCUCUACAAAUUGCAAUAACCAUAACAGAGCAUUUUGCAGGGUUCACUCUGAUGCAAAUGUUUGCAACUCGUAUGCCUCUUGUCCCUCUACUCCUCAAAGACACAUGGGGUUCGGUGAUCAAAGGCCUAACAGAGAUCAUGGUUUGAAGAAGUAUCACUUAGCCAAUAAGAAGCAUCUUCUCCCUGUAGCCGGAGGAGCACCAUUCUUGGCUUGCCCUCGUUGCUUGAGCCAGCUGCAACUGCCUGCAGACUUCCUCCUUUCUAAGAGGAAGUGCCAUCGGCUGCGAUGUGGUUCCUGUUCUGAGAUACUCAAGUUUUCACUUGUCGACAGAACUCGCUUGGUCCCUUACUCACCCACUGCAAAUGCAUCAUCUGGUUCCUUUAAACACGUUGGACAUAGAAAGAGGGUAAUCUCAGACAAGCGGGGUAAGGAUCCGGUGGAAGCAUAUGAUGCUGUUGGGCCUUCCGAUAGCAAGGGGAAGAAGGAGAAGAAAUCUACAGAAAUUGAGAUAGAGGAGAGAGGAGGGUCGCCACUUCAUCGACUAAUGGGGUACUCCACACUCAGCGCUGUCCUUGUUGGCACUGGCGCAAGGGUGUAGAAAGGGUUCCAUAUACAGGAGCCUAGCUCAAAUAUGGACUGUGAAUUCUCUGCAUUCAAUUUGGUCCUUUUCAUUUCUCACUGAAGUGAAUUGGGGGCGGCAGCUCAGAGUGAACAGUAAAUAGUAUAGAAGGUAGAAAGUUCGAUUUUGUUGGAGCUGUGUGUGUAUAGAAAUUCAGAAGAAGAGAAGACUCCAACUUGAUUUCAUUGAUUUAUUUAGGCAUUCAGGGUAUAGUUGAUUCUGCAUGUUGAUUUUGUUUCUUUUGAGGGCUUUAUUUGUGGUGUACUAUAAAAGAAGGAAGAAACUGGUUGUUUUGCCAAAUGCAAACAUGUAUAAACACUACUUCAGUUUUGUCAUUUCUGGCAAUGUUUCUAUGCUAAGAGCCAUUGCCUUAUUUGGGGACUAAUUACUUCAUCAUAGAUGCUAGAAGGUAAGCAAGCACUCGGUGAGCAAUCGAACGACAUCAACCCCGGCAUACGCCCACCCUUACUCUGUUAGCAUGACAGCCGAAUUAAUGUUCAUAAUACCU